UUGAAUCGAAACCGAUCGAAAUUUUCUUUUGAAAAUACACCCGUCCUUGAUUUCAACUCUGAUAAUAUUAAGAAAACAAUUUUAGACGGUUCUGAAUUACACACAAAAGAUCGUCAAGAUAACGUAAAAACAAAUGUUGAGGAAAACAAGGACAGUGAAAGUGUCAAAAACUUGAAAGGAGCCGGGGGCAUGAAAAUGAACUUUGGUGGAGACGGUGAUGAUGGACAGGGAUUUGAGUUGCUCGGUGUUGACGGUAUUCAAGCAAAUGAAAAAGAUUCGAUCAAAGAAAACAAGCGUGGAAAUCAAGAAAAAUCGGAAAAUGCAAAGAAUGUUGAUAUUUAUAAUCAAAGUAAUGGCAUAAUAUUAAAUCUUAAGAAAAUUAUUGAGAGAAAGCCAGGGUAUGCUAGAUAAGGGAGUGACCAGUAGAUGAUAUAUAAUAGUAGUCUUCCAUGCACAAGACAGUGUUGCGCUGUAAUUGAGAGAACUCGCUAAGUAAUCAUAAGGUGAUAGUUAUCAUAGGGUGAUAGUUAAGAUCAUAAGGUCAUUGUUAGAAGAUGUUGUGUCCUUAAUUGCAAAAAGAAUAUAGCAUGAAAUAAAAAAAAAUGCCUAGACGGCAAUGGGAAUAUGGUAUUUGUUUAUUAUGGGCUGAGCUCAUUCUACGAAGUUCCAUUCCAUUUCCAAUCCAAUAAGGAUUUCCAUAACAUAGAUAGGUAUAAUAAUUAUAU